GAAUCCUGCUGCGCACGUGCUGACGUCCAUCUUGACGUCGUUCCAAAGUUCUUUUGGUUCUCGUAGCAAAGCAGGAGGUGGGAUGGUGUUGUUGUGUAGCUAAAGUUGCUGGUUUGAUGGCGGGUUGUGGUGCUUUAGGGCAACGUGUGAAUGUUUGUGGUGAAAAGGUGUUGGGUUGAGCCCCAGAGAGAGAUUAGCAACGAGCAGAAAGUGCUGCUGAAGAAAGAUUGACGGAGUUGAAAGAAGUCUUGGUGGAGCCGGAGGAAGAGAUGGAGGAUGAGCGCAGACUGCUGGAUUUCAGCCGGAUCCCCCUGAUAAUCUUACAGCGAAUAGGUUCCCAAAAGUAUUAUGUCUGUAAAGAUGAGGGGGUUCAGUCUGAGCUCAGCAACCUAGAGGGAAACUCCACUUUAGAUGAAGAGGAACCAGAACAUGGGCAGAUAAAAGAGGAAACAGAAGAACCAGAACAUGGGCAGAUAAAAGAGGAGACAGAAGAACCAGAACAUGGGCAGAUAAAAGAGGAGACAGAAGAACCAGAACAUGGGCAGAUAAAAGAGGAAACAGAAGAACCAGAACCUGGGCAGAUAAAAGAGGAAACGGAGGAACCAGAACAUGGGCAGAUAAAACAAGAGCAAGAGAUCCCAGAACCUCUGUGGAUGAAGGAGGAGAAAGAGGAACAAGAACAUCAACAGUUAAAAGAGGAAGAGAGGCAGCUCUGCAUCAGUCAGGCUGAAAAGCAACUAGUGCUGAAACAGGAGACGGAUGAUAUAUUAAUUGUUCCUUUUAUUGUGCAAAGACUCUCCAAUGAAACAGAACAGAACAGAAACCAACUCAUCUCUCAGCCGUCCCCUGAAUUUGAGAACCUGGAUCAGGAGGAAAACAAUGAAGAACCAGGAAAGAGGAGAGACGAGCAGGAGGAAAAUGAGAAAACCAAGUGGCAGAAUGGCACUGCUGACAUCUCUAAACAAACUUACCACAUGAGAACUCACAACGAUGAGAAACCUUACUCGUGUCUUACCUGUGGAAGGAGUUACAAAUAUAGAAAAAAUUUAUUUUUUCAUCUGAAAACUCACACAGGUGAGAAGCCUUUCACUUGUGAUACCUGUGAAAAAAGUUUUACAAAAAAACAUAGUUUGGCACGUCACAUGAGAACUCACACAGGGGAGAAGCCUUUCUCAUGUGCAAACUGUGGAAAGUGUUUCAGUGAUAAAAGUCAUUUAACUUAUCACAUGAAAACACACACGGGUGAGAAACCUUUUUCAUGUACAACCUGUGAAAAGAGUUACAGUGAUAGAAGAAGUUUAACUUAUCACAUGAGAACUCACACAGGAGAGAAGGCUUUCUCAUGUGUGAUCUGUGGAAAGAGUUACAGUGAUAGAAGAAGUUUAACUUAUCACAUGAGAACUCACACAGGCGAGAAGUCUUUCUCAUGUGUGAUCUGCGGAAAGCGUUACAGUUUUAGAAGUGGUUUAACUAAACACAUGAGAACCCACACAGGCGAGAAGUGUUUCUUCUGUGGGACCUGUGGAAAAACUUAUGGUCGAAAAAGUGAGUUAACGGUUCACAUGAGAACUCACACCGGUGUGAAGCCUUUCUCAUGUGUGACCUGUGGAAAGAGUUACCGUUUUAGAAGUCGUUUAACUUUUCAUAUGAGAACCCACUCAGGUGAGAAGCAUUUCUUCUGUGGGACCUGUGGAAAAGCUUUUUGUCGAAAAAGUGGGUUAACGGUUCACAUGAGAACUCACACCCGUGUGAAACCUUUUUCAUGUGUGACCUGUGGAAAGAGUUACAAUAAAAGAAGUACUUUAAUUUAUCACAUGAAAACUCACAGCUGAGAAGCCUUAGAAACAAAGUGAGCAAUCUUUGAAACAAAUCUAUGCUAAUGUGUUUUGGGUUGUGUUUUAAGGGAUAUACAAACUUUAAAUUCAAUUUAAUUUUAUUUAUAUAGCUUCAAUUCAUGAAACAUGUCAUCUCAAAGCACUUUCCAAAGUCAAAUU